AUGAGCGACCCCGCGCGCGACGGCGCGUGGUUCGAGGACGUCGACGUCGAGACGUCGUUCCGGCUCCCCCCCGAGCUCGAGAAGCGCGUGCUCACCCCCGCGCUCGUCGUCGACCUCGACGCGGUGCGACGCAACGUCAAGGCGGUCGUGGACGUCAUCGGGGACGUCGAGCGGUACCGCCCGCACCUCAAGACGACCAAGUCGCGACUCGUGUGGCGCGAGCUCCUGCGCGCGGGGAUCAACAAGUUCAAAGUCGCGACGACGCGAGAGCUCGCGACGCUCGUGGAGACGUACCACGGCGAGUACCCUGGCGCGGAGACGACGCCGCCGUUUCGCCAUCUCGACGUCCUCGUCGCGUACCCGGCGGUCGGUCCGUCGCUCGCGCGCGUCGGCGACAUCGCGCGACGUCCGGAGAACAAGGCGCGCGUGCGCGUGAGCGUCCUCGUCGAGUGCGAGGACGCGGUGAACGAGCUCCCGGACGACGUCGGGUGCUUCGUGGACGUGAACCCCGGUAUGAAUCGCACGGGCAUCGCGCUCGACUCGAAAGACGGCGUCGAGUUCACCGCGAUACCCGCGACGAUUCGCGCCGCGUGGAUCAGGGAUUCGUUCCACGGGAAGUCCCCGUUCCGGGGCGUGCACUACUACGAGGGCCACAUAUCCGAGUGCGUCGACGCGAACGGGCGGUCGAGAGAGGACGUCGACGCCGCGAUCGAGAGCCGCGACGAGCGAUGCCGCGCGUCGCUCGAGACGCUCGCCGAGGCGCGUUCUCCUUACACCGGUCCCCAUACGAUCGCGUUCGCGUGGUGCACGCCGUUCCUUAAGGACUUUUCCCGGCGUUUCUCUCCGCCCAGGACGCUCGCGUGCGCGUGGAUCGCCGUCGCGCGGUGGCUCGAGCAUCACCGGAACGAGACCAAUUCGCCGGCGCGCGCGCUCCCGGAGAUGCACUCGGAUCACCUCGAGGUCGUCACGAGCGGCACCCCCGGGUUCGUCGCGGCGUCGACGUUCGACCUCGACGCGGCGGUUCGACGCGCGUGGGCGGCGGCGGUGGCGAAGUAUACCCCGUCGGACGCGAAACCGUCGUCGGACGCGGCGGAUACCGCGUCGCCGCCGCCGCCGCCGCCGCAAUCGUGGCCGUCGUGGCCGCCGCCGCGUCACGCGCACCAGCUCAGCCCCGGGACCGUCGUCUUCCACGACUGGCGCGGCCAGCGCCAGAACCCUCGCCUGGGCCUCGCGCCCGCGGCGGCGGUGAUGACGCGCGUCGUGAGCGUCCCGGCGUGGGGCGAGGUCGCCACGUUGGACUGCGGGUCCAAGAGCUUGGCGUGCGAGGCCGGGAACCCGGCCGGUUAUAUCCUCGGCCGCCCGCUGUGGCGCGCGAUGGCGUGUAGCGAGGAGCACCUGCCGUGCGACGUCGGGAGAGCGCUGGCGGCGCCGAGGCGCGGCGACGUCGUCUUCGUGAUACCGGAGCACGCGUGUCCGACGGUUAACUUAGGUGCGUUCUAUACAAACGUUUUUCACCCAUCGCUCGGUUUCAACACUUGA